GUUUACAGUACUGUAAUAUUGUUAUUGUACGAACAUGGUUCCUUCUGCAUGCAUCGCACGUUUUUAUUUGACCGGAACUGUGGCCAUCGCAUUAUGGACGGCGUGGCGCUCUAAUAAUCACCCAUGAAUUUAUAGGAAUAUGCUAAUUAUAUGACUACUUUAGAAUGGUCUACAUAAUAUGACUACAUUAUCAUACUGUAGAUCGUAAAACGCUAGCGUACUGCGUACAGUAUGGACGCACCGAAAAUAUAGAGUAUUGUGGAUGUGCAUCUGAGUGUGUUAUUAUACGCGUAUAUUAUCUGAGCCAUAUGACCACCAGUAUCUAGUGUCCGCUGCCCGCUUUCGUUGUGUAAGCUACCACCUCUUUGCUCAGUCACACUCUGUGAAGUUAUACUAUGAAGCUCACCAGCUCGCUGCUGCCAAGGCGUCUGGCUUACGGCAGAUUAUGCGGCUCACUUUUUGAAUACUUUGACCGAAGAUCAGCGGCAUUCAAGAUGGGAAUUCUAUCAGCCAUUUCCCUUGCCGGUUUUAUUGCAGUGCUAUAUGUUUACGUUCUGAGCAGCCUGCCAAUAUUCGACAUGCGUUUACGGCUUGGAAGAAGGGCUCUUAACCAACCCAGGCGCCAACAUGUAAUUUUAUUUUGGACCAAGUUCUAUGCGGACGAUUUCGUACCGUCUUUGCGUUUGUACCAAGAAGCCGAAUCAGGUAUAGAAAGAUGUCCGUAUUCCAACUGUCUGGUCACAAGCGAUCGCAGCCGGUAUCUCGACAGCGCGGCGAUUGUCUUUCACAUCCGGGAUUUCUAUUGGGCAGAUAUUCCACCACACCGUCUGUUGCAGCAGUACUAUUUAUUUUACGGAUUAGAAUCACCGGUGCACACUAUCGGCGAUGUUGAUCGGCUGCGUGAUUUUUUCAAUUUGACGUUUACGUAUCGACUGGACUCGGAUGUCGUCACGGAUUCUUAUUUCCAGCAUUUUCAUCCGAGUGUGCUGAAUGAUCAACAACUGGAUGAGCUCUUAGCCAAAAAGACCGGAUUCGCAGUGACUUUUGUUUCCAAUUGCGGCUUGAUUCCCAGUCGACGGGAUGUUUAUACGAAGGAGCUGGGAAGGCAUGUCCAAGUGGAUGUCUAUGGCAAAUGCGGAACCAAGCAGUGCAGCACAGAUACGCCGGAAAUAUGUGAUCAAUUUGUUACUACUUAUAAGUUCUACCUGGCCUUUGAAAACAGUAUCUGCAAGGAUUAUGUGACCGAAAAGAUCCAUCGCGCCUUUAACUACGGAGCGGUGCCGGUCGUUUACGGCGGCGCUAACUACUCGGCUAUAUUCCCCAAAAAUUCCUUUAUCAACGUUCUGGAUUUUGCCAAUCCCAAAGCUGUUGCCGAUUAUUUAACAUUCCUGGAUAAGAAUCCCAGCGAAUACCGGCGAUACUUCCAUUGGCGAAUGAAUCCAGCCACGUCACGACUGGCCGGCAAUCUGACAGCCGAUAACUUGUCAUGGUGCAAAAUCUGCCAGAUUCUCAACACCCGUAAGCCACAGCGGAAGACUAUUACGGAUCUGGGACGGUGGUGGAGGGAAUUAGGCUGGUGCCGCACUCCGAAGACGCAGAGUGAUAAGUGGAUUAAGAACCCGGCGAUUCCUCACAUGGAGCACAUGCAAUCAGAAACAACGGGAUACCCUUAGGAUCACGCCUUGACGUCACUGGCGUGGAAUAAAUGGGUCUCUCCUGGACUGGAUAUUUUACAGUCGCUUGUCAACAUUAGGGUUUAAAGCACGCUACUCUGGGGCGCACUGUUUUCCGGGCGGAAGCGGCUACCAUAAACCUUUUUCGAUACAAAUGCCUUUUUUAGAAGCGCCUGGUUUUUAAGGCUAGCGUACGGGUAGAAUGACAUAGAUCGUCGUGCAUACAUGAAGGGUACAACCAGCGAAGCAAAGAUGUAGCACAGGUGGCAGCCAUAAUACAUGAUUGUAAGACUGAGUACUUCUUGUCUGCCGAGAUUUUACCUACUUGUCGUUGUGUGUGUGCAGAAAAAUGUUGUGCCGAACAGUCUCCACUGACACGCCGUGUUUUCACCGGCAAACUCACGCUUCGCUUUUUCUCAGUGGUUCACGGCAGUACUUAAUAUGUUAAUGUACACCGGUAACCCCAC